GUUUAUAUCGGCCUACCGUAGCGCUGAGAGUCUGGUCCGAUCUUUCCUUUGCACCAGUCAGUAGUUCCACAAUGCCUGCCUCGCGUCGCGGAAGUGGCAGCGUCAUCCUGCCCUCUGGGCAGACCCUCGCCAUCCACACCCGAACUCACGAUGAAGAGGAUCUCCCCCAUGCAACCAAGAAGACAAUGGCCGAUCAUCUGCGCAAGUACGAGAGUUUAUUCACAUUAACACCCCAGAGGAUGCGCAUGAUCGUCGAGGCAUUUACUGAGUGCCUGGAGCUGGGGCUCAGCAAGCCGAAUCAAAUUGUGCCUAUGAUUCCCACUUGGGUCUUUGGCUGGCCCACCGGUAAGGAAACGGGUGACUACCUUGCAUUGGACUUGGGUGGCACUAAUCUCCGUGUCUGUCUUGUUACUCUCCAGGGAGAGGGAAAGUUCGAAAUCACUCAGACAAAGUACCGUUUGAGUGAGGAACAGAAACAAGAUGACGGACAGAAGUUAUUCGAUUUUUGUGCAGAGUGUCUCCAGACCUUCAUUGAAUCCAACACUGGAGACGGUCCCGGGCAGUUGCGCCCUAACCAACUACUCCCCCUUGGCUUUACGUUCUCAUAUCCUUGCACGCAAGAGCGGAUUGAUCAUGGAGAACUUAUCAGAUGGACAAAAGGUUUCGGAGCUCCGAACACGGAAGGACGGGAUGUGGCAGAUAUGUUUAAGAAGUCCCUCGAAAAAUACCAACUGCCCGUAGAGCUUACGGCUUUGAUCAACGAUACUACUGGAACCCUCAUCGCAUCCCACUAUGUGAGCCCAAGAACGAAGAUUGCUGUAAUCUUCGGAACGGGUUGCAACGCUGCGUACAUGGAGCGUGUCCCAGACAUUCCUAAAAUAGCGCACCUUGGCAUUGCUUCGGACGCCGAGAUGGCCAUCAACUGUGAAUGGGGCGCAUUUGACUCCUUUGAGCAUGAGCACUUGCCCCGUACUAAGUAUGACGCCAUCGUGGAUGAUACGUCAAACAAGCCUGGGGAGCAAGCCUUUGAGAAACUCAUAUCCGGCCGAUAUCUGGGAGAGAUAUUCCGAUUAGUUAUUUGUGAACUGAUUGAUGAAGGUGUGCUCUUCCUGGGUCAGAAUACGUACAAGGUCGAAAAGCCGUACUGCUUCGACACGGCGUUUUUGUCACUGAUGGAGAGCGACCCAACGGACGAACUUCUCAUGAUUAUUGGAAUAUUCACACACUUCUUUGCUUUGGAGACGACACUUGCAGAACGCCAGUUUUUCCGUGCGCUCGCCAAGCUCGUCGGGCGCCGAGCGGCCCGUCUGAGCGCAUGUGGUAUUGCAGCUAUUGUUAAUAAAAUGGGCCUGUUGGAAGAUGGUUGCUCCGUCGGCGCGGACGGUUCGCUGUACAAUAAAUACCCUUCGUUUGCGGAACGCGUCCACGAAGGUCUUGUUGACAUCUUCGGGGACAGAGGACGAAAUGUCGUCACUCACCAUGCCGAAGAUGGAAGUGGAGUUGGCAGCGCUAUUAUUGCGGCCAUGACAAAAGCCAGACGAGAGGCUGGCUUGUACCCCAACGUGUGAAAAUCUGAAGAUAACCUCAUGAUGCGGGACCGAUGGCACUUGUGGUGGCGGACGUGGAGAUGUUUGCUUCCACUGGAGGCGUGCAUGAGGUACCCGAGUCCUUGUUUGAUACUGUCGUUUUCCGCUCGAUGAUCCGUGAGAGCAUCAAUUUUUGUAUGGCUUACUAUGUAGAGGAUGUAGACGAUACACGCCCGGUGUACUGAAUGACAUGUAAACAUAUGUUUUCUGGCAGGUUUGACCACUUCGUACUUCCUGCCUGUCGUCGAUGCAGUGGCGGGCACCCCGAUCGAGGACCGAUCGUUUGGAAAUUCACUUUCG